UGUUGCAUCCGUGUGACUAUUAUCGUCUUCUUGGGCAAUGGAAAUUAAUCUUAGUAGAUGCAAAAAAUGUCACCGGGGUUUUACAUGUCAGGAUCAUCCCCAGCUUUGAUUAAGGAAUUGCACCCUAUUGUUGGUACCGAAAAUGCAGGUCCAUCCUGCAACCUGAUAUCAUGAAUGUGAUGAUUUGGUAAUAGCGUAGUUAUUUACAAGGCAAUUGCUUGCAGUUAUUGGUGAACAGCAAAUCUGGUUGAGUUUCAGAAAUGCUACAAGGAUCCGGUAUCUUGGGUCAUGACAGGCCCCUGGUCAUCAGGGUUUCAUUCAGCACCUGCGUUGUUGGCACUGUGGGCCUACCACUGCUUGGGCUAAUAACUUGUGUUUUCAUAUCCUCUGUUUUUCAUUAUGAGGACUCUACUGGUACACAUUGCCAGGUUCCUAAUUACCUGCCAUCCAUCAGUGCCUCAAUAAGCCUGAGUCCUGAAUGCCACAUAUGGCGGUUCUGUAUUGGACUGCACUCAGCACCAAGGCUGCUGGUGGCAUUUACCUACUUCAAAUUCUACAAGACACGUUUUGCCUCUAAGUUCCCUGAGAGUUUGCUCAGUUGCCUCAAUCUGGCCUUUUCCCUUCUCGAAAAUCUCGGCCUCUUGCUCCUCACAUACGUGUCAUCUAGUGAAACAUACUUUGUACAUAAAGAAGGUUUUGUCCUCUUCCUUGUCAGUUCCACUAUCCACAUGUUGAUAACCUGCCGUUUAUGGAAGACCAUUAAGAAGUAUUCAUUAAGUCCUGAGGAUGCAAAGUCUCACUAUUGGAAAGUGCGCUUCUUACUUCUCAACUUAUCCUUCUGUGCUUUUGCCGGAUUCUUUUUUUGGAAACACAACGUGUUCUGUGAAUCAGGGAGUUACACAUUAUUCGCCCUGUUUGAGUAUCUAGUGGUCUUCUCCAAUAUGGCCUUCCAUCUCACAGCAGUUUGGGACUUUAAGAGCCGGGAGGUCAUGGUCAUAUCAUCCUCAGAAGAUAAAGACUUCUGAAGAAACUCAAGGACUGAGUGCAACCACACAACCACCUGAUGUGAACAGCCUUAAUCCUGCCCCAGGGGAAGAGUGGGAUGAAGGCCUUUUCCAUAUAUUUCCAUUAUGUACUUUUGUCAAUUGAGUGAACUAUAAGUGAAUUUUCUGCCUCAGUCUCUCAUCAUUCGAUGCCUUGACUCACAUGCAGUGACAAAUACAGUACACUAUUCCAUGUUAUGUGACAUUUGAAUAUUUGUACACUGCAAAUACAAAGUUGUCAUACUGUACAUGUGUUGAAAUUAAGUGACAGUCCUUCAAGUACGUUUGGCCUUCUAUUUGAAAUACAAAAAAGGGGUAAAUAUCUAUUA